UAAAAUAUCGUGUUUUAUAUCGUAUUUGUUAGGGUUUUAGUUUGAAGCUUGGUUGUUCCAAUUUCAGAGUUCAGAGGACACUUCACAAAUCACAAUGGCAGAAGAGACAAUCCCUCAACUCGUCGAAAACGAUCCGGCGGUAACCAACUCAGGCACCGAAGAUAUGGAAUUGGAAACUACAGAGCCCGAGACAGGGGCCAAAGUUUCAACUGAAACUUCUGAGGCAACAGAGGCCGUUCCAGUAACCAAUGGCGAUUCAACUUCGAAACGAGAGAGGGAGGAAGAAAGCGCCGAUGACGGUGUCGGAGACGGGAAAAAACAGAAGAUCGAGAAGUCAGUUGAGGAGGAAAGGUUUGAGAAGGUGGGGGGAGACGGGAAGGGAGAGGAGGAGGAGCCUGUUUCUGUGAGUUUAGGCCCCAAGAGCUUUCAAUCUUCCAUGGAAUUGUUCGAUUACUUCUACAAGAUCCUCCACCACUGGCCUGUCAACUUGAACGUGAAUCAGUACGAGCAGAUGGCGCUGGUAGAUUUGCUUAAGAAGGGACAUGUAGAACCCGAGAAAAAGAUUGGCUGUGGUAUUCAUGCAUUCCAAAUUCGGUACCAUCCUGUAUGGAAAAGCAAGUGUUUCUUCCUCAUCCGGGAGGACGAGUCUGCUGAUGACUUCAGUUUCAGGAAGUGUGUGGAUCAUAUCCUUCCCCUGCCUGAAAACUUCAAAGGAAAAUCUGAUGCAAACAGAGCACUAGGCGGUGGUAAGCACCGCGGUGGAGGACGAGGCGGAGGUGGUGGACGUGGAAGAGGAGGUGGUAGGUGGAGAAAGUAAUGUUUUCCCCAACUUCUUUCAGUUCCACCAUAUUGGACUCUGUUUUCCUGCGAAGGACCACAAAAUCCCAACCAAUGUCGCUCUUGGCCAAGAAGGAAGAAAGUAGAGGAAUACUUUAUUUAUGCCCAUAAUUUAUGUUUUUUUAUGCUUCUUAACCGUGCUUGAUGUGAUCUAUGAACUCAAAAUUGUGAUAUACUUUCAUAAUGAUAAUUGUGAAAGGAUGAGUCUUCAUUUUAAUUUUUUAGAGAGGAUUUCUUGAAUA